GCAUUCGAUAGUUCAAUUUGGCGGCUAUUUACAUAAACUGGCCUUCGCCAGUUCUUUUCAUCUCUCUCCAUUCUCCCAUCGUCUGCUUUCAUCAGCGGAUACCUCCAUUCAAGCAACACGAAGCAGAUUCCAAUCUUUGCUUUUCUUAUGCAUUGGUGAGGCCAAACAACUUACUCUCAUGGCCUCUUUUCACAAGUUUCGUGCUCUUCCUUUUUCCAUUAACUCAUUUUCCCGGCUCUAUUCAACCAACUUUGCCUCUGCAGCUCCACAUGGGUUUAGCAGAGGUUUUAGAACCCAUACCCUACUUUCAUCUAUCCAACAAGAAUCCUUGAAAUUCGAGGACUACACUACGGGAGCUGAGGUGGAACAUGAUUGUGAGGAAAUUCAAAAGAUCCGUCACGAAUUUGACGCUGCUAAACUUAGCUUCCUCAAGAUUCCUCAGGCGCUCAGGGCAAUGCCGAAAUUGAAUCCUGAAGGCAUCUAUGUGAAUAAAAAUUUGAGCUUAGACAACAUUCAGGUGUAUGGUUUUGACUACGAUUACACUCUUGCGCACUACUCGGCCAAUUUACAGAGCUUGAUUUAUGAUCUUGCCAAAGAACAUUUGGUUAAUGAGUUGAGAUAUCCUGAAUCUUGCAUGAAGUUCAAGUACGAUCCUACCUUCCCCAUUAGAGGCCUUUACUAUGAUAAACUUAAAGGUUGCCUCUUGAAGUUAGAUUUUUUUGGUUCUAUUGAGCCGGAUGGUUGCUACUUUGGUCGACGGAAGUUGAGCCCGAAAGAAAUCAAAGAGAUAUAUGGCACACGGCAUAUUGGGCGUGACCAAGCUCGUGGGCUUGUUGGCCUGAUGGAUUUCUUUUGCUUCAGUGAGGCAUGCCUUAUUGCGGAUGUUGUGCAACAUUUCGUGGAUGCAAAGCUGGAAUUUGAUGCUUGCUAUGUCUAUCAAGAUGUGAACCGAGCAAUUCAGUAUGUUCAUCGAAGUGGCCUAGCUCAUAAUGAAAUAAUAGCUGACCCACAUGCCUACCUUGUCAACAAUGGGCGAUUAUUGCGUUUACUCACAAUGCUGAAGGAGAAGGGGAAGAAACUGUUUUUACUGACCAACUCUCCAUAUUACUUUGUGGAUGGUGGAAUGCGUUAUAUGUUGGAGGCUUCUAUGGGUUUCAAGGAUUCUUGGAGAGAAAUCUUUGAUGUUGUGAUAGCUAAGGCUAAUAAGCCAGAAUUUUACACAUCUGAGCAUCCAUUUCGUUGUUAUGACACAGAAAAGGACACUUUGACUUUUACAAAGGUGGAUGCAUUCCUUCCAAAUAAAAUUUAUUACCAUGGAUGCCUGAAGUCUUUCCUUCAGAUUACCAAGUGGAAUGGUCCUGAGGUUAUAUACUUUGGGGAUCACCUUUUUAGCGAUCUGAGAGGCCCUUCAAAAGCUGGUUGGCGCACUGCUGCUAUCAUCUAUGAAUUGGAGAAUGAAAUACGUAUACAAAAUGAGGAUUCCUACCGUUUUGAACAGGCAAAAUUCCAUAUAGUCCAAGAACUUCUCGGUAAAUUGCAUGCCAUCGUGGGGAAUAGUCGGAGAAGUGAUGUAUAUAAAUCUUUGUUGCAAGAACUGGGCCAGGAGAGGCAGAAUUCACGAGAUACAAUGAAGAAAAUGUUUAAUAGCUCAUUUGGUGCAACCUUUCUCACGGAUACUGGCCAAGAAUCUGCCUUCGCAUAUCACAUCCAUCAAUAUGCAGAUGUUUAUACCAGCAAGGCAGAUAAUUUUUUAUACCAUCCACCUGAGGCAUGGCUUCACGUACCCUUUGAUAUCAAGAUCAUGCCACAUCAUGUGAAGGUCCCUUCAAGUCUUUUCAGAAACCAAUAGCGCUGGUUAGGCAGUGCCUAAAGAAAGAACAUGCGGAAGCGCAAUAAGAAAAAAGAAAGGUUCCCGGAGUUAAGACUCGAUAUGAGUAGUAGCCACAGUAGAUGAUCAAGUACUGAGCUUUAUCAAUGUUCAUUUAAUUUCAUUCUUUUAUUGGCACUUUCAGGCCUCCCCCACCAAGGACGGAGCUGGACACUGCUAUAUACAUAUAUUACAAUCAUUUGAUUCUUGACGAAUUUUCCUUCCUCGUCAUCUCCAUUCUUGUUUCAUUCUGUAGCCAUCUCUUCUUAUUAAAGAUAAAUCUGCUUUUCUUUUUCAUUAAAACACGAUUUGCAGGUGUAAUUGAUCACGUUGGAUAGCUUUUUUACUACCUCGAUCUUUGAAAUAAUGUAUCUGGAUAUAUUCAAUUAACUUUCAAUAAGAUGUAAAACAGCCAAUGUAUUGAAUAA